UUCAAAUCUAUUAGUGAUAAUUUUCCCGUUUCCAUCCAUCCAUCAAAUAGUUGAGUACUUCUGUGCAUGCAUUGAUACUCAAGAUUGUAGGAAGAAGAGUCUGGAUUUAUGAAAUACCUAUUCUGUCUUGGUACCAAAAGUGCAUGCCAUGCACAUAUACACAUAUUUCUUUUGGAUACUUCCAAUUAGUCACUCAUCAUCCCAUCCAUAAAUAACAUGCUUAUCUACAUAUCGUCCUAACAUUAGUACGUAUUUAUGUACAUACAUCUAGGCAGACCUACAUAACCACAUGAACCACUUCCAAGUCAACCCUUGACCCCUAAUCUUAAGAUCCAGCCGCAUAAGCCUGGGUCGCAUUCACUCACCAGAGCAUAAAUGUUAUGUAUUUCCUGAUUUCUUAACCAGUGGAAAAUAAAAUGAUCGCGAAUACAGAUUACAGCACAGAAUCUCAACUCCUCACCCAGUUAAAGGUGCGGUUGGCUGACGUCAAUCAUGAUCUCAAGGACACCGACAUCUUACGAUUUCUCCGAGGCCGUAGUCACAACCUAACUGAUGCAGAAAACAUGUUAAGAAAUCAUAUCCAAUGGAAAAUUGACCAUGACUUUAACAAAGCUCUUACUUGGGCUAUUGCCCCCCAAGUGAAGGAAGGUUUUCCAUUCUGCAUCGACGGCCUUGACAAGGAUGGCCGCGUUGUGAUGUAUUAUCCCUUGGGGCUAUGGAAGGGGAGACAGUUUCUUUCGGCCGGGUGGGGACCAGAGUUGGAACGACAUCUCUUAUACAUCGCUGCGUAUGGAUACCACAUCGUGGAGAAAACUACUCCUGGUGGGAAAUACCAGGUUAUUCUCGACCUUGCUGACCUAUCCUAUUGGCAGACUACGUAUUAUGAUGCAAUGCAGUUGAUACUCCGAGUCUUUAGAGAGUUUGAGCAAAAUUUUCCGGAAACGAUGGAACGUGCUGUUGUCAUUAAUGCCCCAUGGAUUCUGGACGUUAUAUUCCCCUUAAUUCGGCCAAUUUUGACUGGUAGUACGAUUCAAAGGUUGGAAAUUUAUGAUAAUUCUCCCGAAAAGUGGGUGCCCGUUUUGUUGGAUAAAAUUCCGAUGGGAGGCUUUCCUUCCAUGUUUAGAAAGAAAUAUCAAACCCUUGUUGAAGAGUGGAAAGCCAAUAAUUAACCAAAACCAUAAUUUCAUUCGUGUGUAAAUUUUGUGGCAUAUUUUUAUUUAACACAUAUUUACAUGUACCAUUCAAUUUGUUGGAUUUUGAAAAUAAAGACGACACAGUUAAUUUAAUA